UUGCUCUCAAUUCCUUUGUUACUCUUUCUUUUUUUGUUACCGGUUAAUUUCUGUUUAACUUUACGAUCUGACCACCAGAUAAUUCCACAUUCCUUCCCCCUGCAUCUUCAUGUCAUAUCGUAGUAUGCGUGUAUCCCAAAAGCGGACCAGAGCAUUGAAAACACAGGAAGACCAACAGUAUCAAAAGCACGAAUAGAAACGAGGCCAAGCAGAAACCUGGAAAUGAGAAUAUGUCGGAUGACGAAGAGCAAUUUGGAUCCCUUGACAGAAACUUAUGGAUUAUCAUUCUACCUCCAGUACUUGGCACGCUGGCCUGAGUACUUUCAAGUGUUGGAGUCUCCAACAGGCCAGAUUAUGGGUUAUAUCAUGGGUAAAGCUGAAGGCAGCGAGGCUCAAGAGCAGUGGCAUGGACAUGUUACAGCCGUCAGUGUUGCUCCAGAAUUCAGACGACUUGGCCUGGCUGCAAAGCUCAUGUCCAGCUUGGAGAAUAUAUCAGAAAUAAAGGAAGGCUUCUUUGUGGAUUUGUUUGUGCGAGUUUCCAAUAAAGUAGCGGUGGCCAUGUAUAAGCAGCUUGGUUAUGUAGUCUACAGGACGGUGCUUGAAUACUACUCUGGAGAUCCUGACGAAGAUGCCUAUGAUAUGCGAAAGGCACUUUCAAGAGACAAGGAUAAGAAAUCAGUAAUUCCACUUAAGGAGCCUGUGAGACCUGAAGACAUAGAAUAAGAUUAAGGACCGACUGCUGUAACUGUUAAUGUUGUCAUAUCAAUUGUGCACAAGAGCAGGGUUAUUACAUAGCUAUGUUCUGUAUAGUCUCCUGUGCAACCAUUUUUUAUGUUGGUCAUGCCAGGCCCUUUUUCUUUUGUACUACUUUUUUUUAUAAGGGGGCAUUAGUAAUUGUUUGAACAAUUAGAAAAAACACAUAGGAAAAUGGUAAACCUUAGAAACUAAGAAAAGCUACAACAGGCAAUUUCUAAGCAGUCGGUCCAUGAACAUGUUGUACAUUAUACAUAAUAUUGCAUGAGAAAGUUUAUGGUAUCUAACAAAGCAAACAAAAAAUUGUGAAUAGGGGAAAUAUGUCAUGAAUGUUAACUAUGCCAUUAUUGACAAGAAACAGACAUACAUUAACUGA